AUCUCUUUUCAUUUCUCAACGAUCUGUCUAUUGACUCAUCAGCUUCGAACUUGAGACCCAUUAUUAGUUUCGUCUUCAAAAUUGUUUUUUUGUUUGUGGGCAUGCGAAAUUCUUUAUCGUUAGGCUUCCUAUAGUUUGCUCGAUAUACUGACAUACUUGGAGUUUUUGAGGGUUGGAGUUUGUGUUUUUAUUGUAUAGAUUUGAAUUUUUCCGAGUAUUUUAGCUUGCGAUUUUAAAAUGUUUGCUUGAUUUGCUAUGAAGGGAUCUGUGGGUUGCAAGUUUUGUGUUUGGUCAAAUGCCUAAGUGAGCUUUGAGAUUCCCUUUGGCUAUCUUUAUUGGUUGUUUUGUUAACUGUUGAUUUCUUGUGGUCUGUUCUUUGUGAAUGGCUCUGUUAAUAGUGCAUGGCUUUGUUAAUUUUGUUUGAAGGGUUAUUUCUUUUAUGGGUCUUGAUGGUAGAUUUGAUAUGUGGAGCUGUUGGGCCCUUUUACCAGUUUUAACGAUAUUGAAAGCCAUAGAAGAAAACAAUAAUAUUACUCUCCCUUUUCCCUUCUAAAUCUCACUACCAAAUGUACCUGCAGGGAUAAUAGGGCUUCCUGCCGUAAUCAUGACAUUUAUUGUGUCUUGUUUAGUGAGAAUUUAGCCGAGAAAUUUCCAAAACAGAUAGUUGUUGAUGAUUUGUCAACAUGAAUAAAUUGUUAGACUUUGGGAGGAAAGCCCUCUUUUAUGUCAGGGUGCUUUCUGGAUAUGAAGAGCGAAGAAUACGAUCUUAUAGGCUCCAGCUUGAACAACGCGUACAACAGGCCCAAGCAAGGAAAGCAGCCAUAAAUAAAGAACCUGAGAAGAUUAUUUUAUCUGAGGUUCGUCGAAUGGUUGAAGAGAUGCAAAAUUUGAACAAGAAGCUGGAAGAAACUGAGGCAGCCAUUGAAGACUAUUUCAAGCCUCUAGACAAGGAAGCUGAGAUUAUAAUGAAAAUGCAACUACAAGGGGAGGAGAGAACAUCAGAGAUGAUGAUGAAGGCAUUGGAGAAACAAGCUUCUCUUCAGCAAGUUGAAGCAGAAAAAAAUGCAAGUAUGCAUAAAGUUGACAACUCUGAAGCCAACCUGGAUGAUUCUAAGCUGAUGGAAGAAGAGAAAGGUUUGACUGAGAUGUUAAAAGAAUUGCAACGAGAAGUUUUGCUCGAGAAAGCUGAUGCAGGAAGUUCUGAUAAUAUGCAUCAAUCAGACAAGUCUCAUAUCAAUUUGAACCCUGCAUCUACAACCACCUCUGAAAGAAGCUGAGGUUAUGUAAUUUUGAACCAUUGGUGAUUCCCGUUUUUUUGGCUUUGAAAUACAUUUCAGCUGUGCUGCUGAAAGGUUAAUCAUCUUGGUGAAUUCAAACUAACCAAGGCAGGACUAGGGCAUAUUUGUAGCUUGUUUGUAUUACUAAUUUUGUUCAAUAAAAUUUUCAUCUUUUGAGGCGUGAUAA